AUGCCGUACUGCAUUGUUCCGGACCACCAUCGCCACAGUAACGACCAAAGCUCCGCGGAGAACGGCGGAUCAGGCGCCGCAGAGAGCGGCGGAAAUGGCGGCGGGAAUGACGGGGCUGGCGAGAAAGUGAGACUUUUCUACGAGACGUACGGCCAUGGAGACACGAAAGUGCUUAUGAUAAUGGGCGUCGCCUCUGGGCACGCUGCUUGGCAAAUCCCCAGGCCUCGCCUCUGGGCACGCUGCGUGGCGAUUCCAGGUGAAGGCUCUGGCUGGCGCGGGUAUUCCUACCAGCAGGGGUUGACAUUUGAUGAGUCGACUCGAAAGUCAAUGCGGGUGUUCCCAGCAGCAGGGGAGGGUGUCUACUGUCAAUAUGAUGGUAUCAAUCAACCUGAUCUGUCGCUUCUGCCUUCCCUCUCCCUUUUUCCCUCCCUCCCAGGCCUCGCCUCUGGGCACGCUGCGUGGCGAUUCCAGGUGAAGGCUCUGGUGGGCACGGGUGUUCCCAAUGGCCUCGCGUCUGGCCAUGCUGCGUGGCGGUACCAGAUGAAUGCUCUGGCGGGGCACAGGUGCCUCGCCUCUGGUCACGCUGCGUGGCGGUACCAGGUGAAAGCUCUGGCGGGCACGGGUGUUCCCAAUGGUGGGGGGCGGCACAAGGAGUCUAUUUUUGAGUCGAGUGGACUCGAAAGAAGGGAUACUGGGGAGGGAACGGGUAUUCCCAAUGGUGGGAGGCGGCAGGAGGGCGCGGAAGAGAAAGGGGAGAAGGGAGAGGAGGGGAAUGAUGAGGAGAAGGAGAGAGGUGGCGACGAGGAGUUUGGUAAUGGGGAGCGUUGUUGUAAUGGGAGCAGGGAUGGGAAGGGAGGGGGGCGGAUGGAAGGGGAAGGAGUCGAGAGAGGAGUGGGCGAUGGGUGUGAGGGAGAAAAAAAGUUGAGGGAACGGCAAGGAGGGGAGGAGAGAGAAGAGGUGGAGAGGGGAGAGGAGGCGAGGGGGGCGGAGGAGAAGAGAGAGGGGGGGAGGGGGGGCGGCAGCAGGAGUGGGAUUGAGGUGUGCAUCUUUGACAAUCGGGGAGUGGGGCACAGCUCGUGCCCCUCAGACCCCACCCAGUACACGGAGGGUGGGAGGGAGGUGGUGUGUGUGUCUGACAACCGGGGAGUGGGGCACAGCUCGUGCCCCUCAGACCCCACCCAGUACACGGAGGUUGGGAGGGAGGUGGUGUGUGUGUCUGACAACCGGGGAGUGGGGCACAGCUCGUGCCCCUCAGACCCCACCCAGUACACGGAGGUUGGGAGGGAGGUGGUGUGUGUGUCUGACAACCGGGGAGUGGGGCACAGCUCGUGCCCCUCAAACCCCACCCAGUACACGGAGGGUGGGAGGGAGGUGGUGUGUGUGUCUGACAACCGGGGAGUGGGACACACACAGCUCAUGCCCCACCGAUCCCACCCAGUACACGUGAGUGCUCUCUGUGCUGUGCUAGUCGUGCGCUCACUGGAAGAGACACAAAGGGGUAGCAGCAGGAGUGGGAUUGAGGUGUGCAUCUUUGGCAACCGGGGAGUGGGGCACAGCUCGUGCCCCUCAGACCCCACCCAGUACACUACACCACGGAGGAGAUGGCAGCAGAUGCACUGCGGCAUGAUAGCAUGCAAGGUGGCAGCAGCAGCAUCACACAGAAUCAUCUCCCUUGCACUCAUCAGCGUUAGCGGGGGGGGCUUCGACCUUCUCCCCCGUCUGGACUCGCGUGUCUUCUCCAUUGUCUACCGUCUGUUGAACGCUCGAACCCCGGAACUGCGGGCUCAGGUGGACCUGGACACACACUUCUCGCAGGAAUACAUGGAGGAAACGGAGGCAAGCAGUGGCAUGUCGCGAAGAGAAGCUCUACACAUGGAGUAUGUGCGCGAGCUGUCAGCACCGUCCGCCAUGCAGACACCUCAUGGUGCGAACGGGCACCUGAAUGCAUGCUGGACGCACUCUCUCACACCACACGAUGUGGAUGAGAUCUGCAGCGCACACAUCCCCACCGCCGUCAUUCAUGGGAGGGAUGACGUGAUUGCGCACAUUUCAUUGGGCGAGAGGGUCGCUAGGAGUCUAGGAAGGGUGGCGCGCUUCUUGCCUCUCAUGGGAGCGCACAUGGUGCUGCGGGAGAGAGCACAUGAGGUGAAUGCGUGCCUGGCUGUGCUGAUGGAGGUGGCCGAGAGGAGAGUACCGGUGGAGGAGUGGGUGGAAAGCUACAGGGACGACAGGCUGCCUGUUCCUGCCACGUGGCAGAAUGAGAUAGGACGCAGCAGCUCCCAAGACUUCACAAACCCGUUCUUCCAGUUUCCCUCUCAGUGGUUUCAGCCUGAAAUGUGGACGCUGUUUAGUAGAACAUGGGUGUGA